GGUAACAAUAAUCGGUUCAACAAACACACUUGGGAUAUGAAGCGAGCCAAGCACAUCGAGUACCAGGCUAUUGCCAACAGCCUACUCCGGAUUGUUGGUGGCAGCAUCGGUGAGCGCUGCAAGGAUGACAAUCCUGUGUUGAUCGGCGUGGGUCUCGGUCAGUUCGGAAGCUCCAGCCAACUGUCAUCUCUGCACUCUUCAUUUUUGUCGUAUUUCAUCCCAUUGGCUCGGUCUCUCAGAUACAAUGUGGUGGGUCUCAACGAGUUUUAUACGUCAAAGAAAUGUCCGGAUUGCCACCGGUUUGUGGCCCAAGUCACCCUUCGAGAACUCUUCUGCCCCCACUGUGGACGGUAUCGCCACAGAGAUGUGAUAACGGCCGAAAACAUGUCCAACAUUGCCCGAGAGUACCUAUUGCACCAGGAACGACCACUCUAUCUUCACCCCGUCACGGCAGAUGGUAGAUACCCAUGAAUGGAGUCAAGAAGUCCAGGGCAAGAGAUGGCCGAAGGGGCUAUUGUUGGAACCAGCGCCACUAA